GACUGCAAGUUGGCGAUGAUUCUGAUGAACGAGAGAAGUUGGGGAAGAAACUGCUUCUAUUUGUAUGACAUGAAUAUAUAAAAAGGAAAAGGAAGCUUCGUAGGAAAUUGAGAUCCAUGCAACACGUUUCCCUUUUUUCUUUGCUUUUACGCCUGACAGACUCCCGUUUUCAAAAUAUUCCAUUAGUCGGAAACAAAUAUUUUGUUUCAAAGAAAAGUUUUUCUUUGAAGGUUUCAAACAUCGUGGCGGUUGCUCUACGACCUUUAUCAAGGCUGAGGAGACACUGGGGAAUUUAGUUUUGUAUAUUUCUACUGCUUGGCGAUUGGGUUAGCUGUUUCCGACGUGGGUCUUCUUGUUUGGGCGAUGGUCUGCUCGUUUGUAGCCUUUCAAUAUAAGGGAAGUUCAUUCAGGUUUUUGUGGAUUGGAUUGGUUUGAUAAACUUCCUUAUUGUUAUUGGAUUGAUUAUUCCAAGGUAAGCUAAAAAUCAUGGACUUAGCUCAUGAAGAACCAGCGGUUAAUGGAGAGGCAGAUGUAAUGGACAGGGACCUCUUGGGAAACACUCCUCUCAGGGAGCCCCCUCUCUACUGGACCAAUUUUCAGGGUAUGGUGAGACAGAAAGCCUAUAUUUUUGAUGGCCAUGGGAACUUUUAUAAUAAGGAAUGGGAUCUUGCAGAGGGUGGAGGCAAUGAGUUUUGUUGGUACCAUGUGGAGCUUCCAAGAGUAAAUGAAAAACUGUCACAAUCUGCACAAUACCUCAUUGGUGUUCUUUGUCCUCCUUUGAAACUCCAAGACAUUCUUUCGCUCGUCAGCAAUGGACCCUUUUGUGGGCAUGUUGAUGGGGCUCUUGUCUUCAGAAUUAAUUCACCUGGCCCUCCCUCGAGCGAUUUUACAUUUAGAAUUGCUGCUAGAGUUACUGAGAAUUCAGUCAUCACAGUAUCUUUAGGUCGUGUUCCUAGAUUGGGCUUCUCGCGGAUGGCUCAGUCUCUUCUCUCAGAGAUUCCUAGAGUGGAGAGUUCAUAUCUUAGGGGUGAACAUAAGGAAGGGGGUGGAACUGUUAUCGGGGAGCAUGUUCUCGAGUUCUUGUUGACAAUGAAUCACUCUGAGGAGGCUGAUAAUCCCGUGCCAAAAUCUAUCUCUAAUCUUGUUGUUCACAUUCUUGACACACAUGUGGAUCACCUUCAAGAUGUCGUGACUAAACUUGAGAUGGAGCUGGAUUCCGUGGAGCUUCAAUUGGAUAAAGGUGGUUUUGCUUUGAAGAAGCAAAUGCUAGAUGAUAGAAGAUUCCCCAAAAUGCAUCUUAAUUUGCAGCGCCUUCUGCAGGUGAUAGCACAUGGGGAGCAAGUAUUUCCGCGGGUGAAAGAGAAAUGUUCUUCAAAAAGUUGGUUUGGUAGCGAAGACAUUAACUCCCUUGAAGAGUUGAUCGGACGGUUAAGGAGGCUAAAAGACAAUGUGGGGUUCAUAGCAAAUCGUGUCACAGCAAUCCAAGCAGGACUUGAUAGCUGGCAGGCCGAGCAAAUAAACAGGAAACUAUAUUAUCUUUCAUUCCUUUCCAUUAUAUUCCUUCCGCUGUCCAUCAUCACCGGGGUGUUUGGAAUGAAUGUGGGAGGAGUUCCAUGGACAGGGCAAAUGAACUCAAAGUCAAAAGAUGGUUUCCGGAAUGUCAUGUUACUCUGCGUAGCAAUGCUACUUGUGGUACUGAUGUGCUUCUGUUUCCCGGCUCUUUAUACCCAUUUAGCUGCUUGGCAGCGGAGGAGGGUUAUGAGAAGAAGCUGGUCUCUCAACAGGAAGUCAAUCCUCAUGAGAACCGCAGGAAAUGGAGGAGCUCAAGAAAGAGGAGGUUACCUUCGGAUUUGAAUGGAACUGAAAAUGUGUUUAUUAUCUUUCUGUAAGUAUCUCUUUUAGCAAACACUCCUCUCAUCAUGCCACUCUACUGUGAUCCAUAGUACCAUUGACUCUAUCCUGGAAAUGGGGAUUUCUCUCAUAUUUUUUAUUUUUAUUUUUAUUUUUCCUUCUGAUUGACUCUGAAGAGAAGGUGGGAAUUCUUUUUUUCCUUC